CCUCGUUGGCCUUUAGGGUGUGCGAACCCGUGCUGUAGAUCUGUGAUUUCAAGACAGUUAGGGCGGAAUGGCUUUUAAUCCAAAUUUUAACGAAAUAGGACAAAAUUUUGCGAAAAUUUACUACGACACGUUCGACACCAACCGAGCAAGUUUGGCCCCUCUAUACGAAAGCACAUCCAUGUUGACUUUUGAAGGAGAACAAUUCCAAGGAAGAGAUGACAUAAUAAAGAAACUUGUAGGACUACCAUUUAGCACUGUUCAACAUGUAAUAACCACCUGUGAUUGUCAGCCAAGUACAGAUAAUGGAGUUUUGGUGUUUGUUGUUGGACAACUCAAGACAGACAAUGACCAUCCUCAUAGCUUCAGCCAAUGUUUUCACUUGAGGCCACAGACAGCACAAAUGAGAAAUUAUGUUGUUCUCAAUGACAUGUUCAGACUAGCUCUGCAUCAUGUGUGAGAAAGACAACAUCCAACAAAUAAAGAUCAUUUUUCUCAAUGCGCGUAAAUGGAUGUGGUCAUCUUUGAUCUAGUAAUAUAUGUAAGAAAUCAAGGAUGUGCAGUUUUGAGGACAACAAAAGUAAAUGCCUGUCCAGUACUAUAGUAUAACUUAAAACAAUAGCGUUUUAAAAGCAGAUUUUACUUGGUGGUUACAUACCAGCCAAUAAUUAUUAACUAUAGUCUUGGAUAGUAAAUAAUUUUUUCACAGGUUCAUUGACUCCUCUUUAACAACAAAUGUUUAACUUACUAAUUCCAUAUUGAUGGCAAAGUUGUUGAUGGAGAGACCAAUAUUUUGGGUGUGGUAAUAGCCAACCAUUGUACUACUGAGAACUUAAAGUUUCUGCAUGCACCAUUUGAAAGUUUUCAUCAUCCUUGAAGAAUGUGAAAGUUUGAAAUGAUUCUUUAGUUUUCCUAUUAGCUAUCUUUUUAGACAUUGCUGGCAGGGGCAUAGUCAGCUUUUCCACUUGUUGCAGGCCUGUACCCUAAGAAAGCUCAAUUUUCAUUUAGAAAUUUGCAAGCAUUGUUUUAUAAUAGUCAGGAAGGUUGAAACAAAAUUGUAGUCCUGGGCUCAGAGGACUAUUGGCUGGCUAUGCCCCUGGCUUCCUUGGCUUAUGUAUUAUUUAGGUUUGCAUUCAAAGUGUACUUUCAAAAUAAAGUUUUGGCAAAGAA